GUGAUUGGUAAUGGCUUGUGUCCGGUAACAAUAAUUGUACUCCAUCUUGUCUCAGUCCUAAAUGAUUUAAAUGUUGUAGCAAAUGCACAAAAAUUUUCACACGGGAUUUCUUUGUGAACUCUGCUGGCCUGGAGUGUCUAAAUUGCCCUUAGUGUUUGAAUUCGCGCUGUUUGCUGGACUUCCGUCCCGAUCCGGCUGUCCUCCGAUUCCUGCGAUGCAUUCUGGCCUUGCUGUAACCCUGAAUGAGAUAAUUGGUCACAGAAAACGGUUGGAUGUUAAAGCUCAUUUGAAAUUUACUAGUAGGCCGUAUACGCCAUUUGUUUCAAAUUGCAUGGGAAGAAAUCCAGCUUUUCAUCCAGUGGUAACGCAAAUACUUUGAUGCGUUUAUCGUAUAAUUAAUAUAGCCUUUAUGUACUUCAGGUUUUUACUGUUUUCUCCCACGUUUUGUCCACGAGAGCAACCAUUUGAAACAACCUUUACUAUUUUUUAAGUAAACAAGCACGAAAACCAGACCUGCAAAAAUAAGUCAGCUUCCACAGCAUAUUAGUAUCAUGUCAUACGAAGAAAUUCGGAAAAGGAGAUGCUAUACUAAUGUCUUUUGUCUAUAUUAACCUACACACACCGAAGAGCACAAACUCACUUAAACUACAUCCGCAGAUUCAGAAAUCAGAAAUGUCACAAUUGGUAGUCUGUCUAUAAAUACCAUUACCGACCACCACUGCUUGCGCUUUCCCUUAGUGAGUUUGCGUCGGGCAUGUAGCGUCUCUUCCCAGGAAUUUUUUACUGACCCCGGGCAAAUGGAAAUCCAGUAUACAAGGGAGCGGCUUAACCAGUCCCUCCACUCCAGUAUGCAGUAACGGGCCAGGGGGGGCUCUGAGAAAAGGAGGCGGCUGCGGGUCAAAGUCAGGGACCACGAUGGCCCUUUUCAAGCUGGAGAACGUGGAGGACCUGUACGAGAUCGGGGAAGUGCUGGGCAGUGGGCACUUUGGGCAGGUCCGGGAGGUGCGGGACCGGGCCACGGGGACCCUCUGGGCGGGCAAGUUCCUGAAGCUGCGGAAGACCGCCAGCAGCCGGCUGGGGAUCGAGAGGAAGAGCGUGGAGAAGGAGGUGGAGAUCCUGCAGACCCUGCAGCAUGGGAACAUCAUGGCCAUCCGAGACGUGUUCGAGAGCAGAGCAGAGGUGGUGCUCAUUGUGGAGCUGAUCCGUGGUGGGGAGCUCUUUGACUUUGUUGCAGAGAAGGAGAGCUUGACAGAGCGCGAGGCCAUAGAGUUCCUGGAGCAGAUCCUCCAUGGUGUCCAGUACAUGCACAGCAAGCGCAUUGCCCACUUUGACUUAAAGCCUGAAAAUAUAAUGCUCUCAGAAAAGGCUGUGCCACAUCCUAACAUUAAGAUUAUCGACUUUGGACUGGCGCACCACUUCGAACAAGGAGAGGAGUACAAGAGCAUAAGCGGCACCCCCCAGUACAUCGCUCCCGAGGUGAUCAAUUACGAACCCCUGAGUGAGGCGACAGACAUGUGGAGCAUUGGAGUCAUCACCUACAUCCUGUUGAGUGGCAUGUCCCCGUUCCAAGGAGAUAACGACACAGAGACGCUCAAAAACAUCGUGGAGAUGACCUACGAAUUCGACGACUACCAUUUUAAACAAACCAGCGACAUGGCCAAAGACUUCAUCGAGAAGCUACUGCGCAAAGAACAAAACGAGAGAAUGACGGCAGAUGAGUGUCUGCUCCAUCCCUGGAUUAAGCCCUUAACACGAAAACAGGCCGCCAGCAGAAAUCGCUCCUCCAUCAACAUGAGGAACUUCAAGAGGUUCAACGCCAAGAGGAAAUGGAAGAUGUCCUACAACAUGGUGUCGGCAUGUAACCGAUUCUGCCGUCUUCAGUUACUGUGCAAGCCCAGUAUAAAAGUAGACGAGGAGCUGAGACAGUGCGAAAGUGACCAGGAGGACACAGAGACCAAACCGGCCACCCUCCUCAGACGCCGGCUCAGCAGCAGUUCUUAGUUGUCCCCACCAGGGGCGCCAGAGCGCCGUCUCCCUUUCAUUGUGCGACAUCUCCAUUGGGAGAUGGAGUCACCAUGGGAUGCAAUCGUAUCUUCCUCUAAGAAAUGUAAGGUGUUAUUUUGUCUUCUGUACUAACUUGCGGAAAUGAAAUAUUUUUAUAGGGAACUUAACAUAAACUAACGGUCUGAAUUAUAUUUUUUGCCGUAAUGAGCAAAGACUGAAAGGCCGGAAUAUGUAGAUGCAUGCGUUUGUGCAGGCCAUGCACAGUUCAGGAAGCAUGAUACACGUCUAUGGAAUUAACCUUCACCGAGACCUUCACUGCAUCCCGACAUCCAUAGUUUUCCCAGUGAGACAGAUAAUUUUGUGUAAUUCAGUUCAUGCACUGUAAACUGAAUUAUUGUGGACUGUAUUUUUCUAACAUGUUUAUUUGAUACAUUUUGUAUGAAAAGGUGAUGCUUACAUAGUGAUGUGUACAAUGUAAUUCUCAUGUUUCUAGUUAUUUUGAAUUAUAUUUUUAGUUUUUUUUAUUAUAUAUGUAUGUAUUUCUUUUUUACCAGAAUGCUUCACGAUAAUAACAAAAUAAAAGAACGCUGCUGUUAAAUGUAGGAUAAUACAACAAUGAAAUUAUUUAAGACUAUACAAUAUUUGAAAGUGUACUAUAAAUAUAUUAAUCGGGGAGAACUAAGAUGUAUGGACAGCUAAUGCAGUCGAUAUUCAGCUGUACGAACAUCCAUUCAGGCUCUUCGUCGUUAUUUUCCUUCAUCGCAAAACCAACAGUCUUGUAGCGGUUCCACGAAAGAUUAUCUGUUUCCCAAAUACAGACUCAAAAUAUAGGCUAUAGAAUCCACUCUUAUCUUAUCUUAUCUUAUCUUAUCCAUUUUUAAUGUUUACUAAUAUAUAUUUUUGAAUAGUCUCAGUGUGUAGCAACUUAAAAAUUUGAACCCUUCGUUGCUUAGGUGCUUGUUCAGUUUACUGAAGGAAAGUUAGAUCUGCAAAAACAGUUAUUGUUCCGCGGAACACAGCAGUUUUAACAGUAUGUUAACCAACAGUAUAAGUUUGGCACCUCAAAAAUCAACGUCAUGAGGUGUUUUCAAACCAAUCAGAAUUGGUGUUUGGGAGGGGGGCAUCGCCCCUCCCCCCGAAACGCCACCGGUCGAGGACGACGUCUUUAGUAGUAAUUAAGUUUCAAACAUAGGCGCUCAUCGUAAAAUAAAUAAAGGCCGUUUCUCCCCGGGACAUGGCAUCGGAACGUAAUUGUUUAUUGCCACCCCCGACAAGUUUUACUAUGGCCUCCCAAACCUCUUUGAAUAUAUACAUUAGAAAAAGAAUUUUACUUGACUGAUUUUUAAAUGUGACGGUUUUAGGUUUUUGUCAGAUGUAACCGUGGCAUGAACUUGUGUGCGUUGCCUGUGGUCAGUUUUUGGAUCGUUUUCAUUACGCCUAUGGGGAUUUUAAUAAAUGAUUUCUGAUGAA